AUGGGCCCCUGUACCGCCUCCUCAUGCUGCUGCCAGGCCCGUAAUCUGCCAUGGGCCCCCGUACCGACUCCUCAUGCUGCUGCCAGGCCCGUAAUCUGUCAUGGGCCCCUGUACCGCCUCCUCAUGCUGCUGCCAGGUCCAGAGUGUGUCAUGGGUCCCUGUACGGCCUCCCAUUGCUGCUGUCUCCAUCGCCCAAUCUGCCAUGGGCCCCCGUACCGACUCCUCAUGCUGCUGCCAGGCACCGUAAUCUGUCAUGGUCCCCCUGUACCGCCUCCUCAUGCUGCUGCCAGGUCCAGAGUGUGUCAUGGGUCCCUGUACGGCCUCCCAUUGCUGCUGCCAGGCCCGUAAUCUGCCAUGGGCCCCCGUUCCGACUCCUCAUGCUGCUGCCA